AUUAAGUUUGGUACUUGUGGCUUUCCGUAUCUAACCUUUACACGUGACCUGGAAAACCUAUAAAUAGGAGUGGAGAACGUCCAUUGUCUCUACUAGCAAAGAGUCACCGCCGUGAACAGCGGGCAGAAUAAUAAUAUGGCGUCGACGAGCCGUGGAGAUUCUACUCUUCCUAAAGUGCAAUGUCCCAAUCACCCAGAUGCACAACUGGUGGAGGACUACAGGGCAGGAGACAUGAUCUGUCCAGAGUGUGGUCUCGUAGUAGGCGAUCGUGUAAUUGAUGUAGGGUCAGAGUGGAGAACAUUCACUAAUGAGAAGGCAACCAAAGAUCCUUCUCGUGUUGGUGAUGCUCAGAACCCUCUCCUCAACGGAGGAGACCUCACCACCAUGAUCAGCAAAGGAACAGGUGCAGCAAGUUUUGAUGAGUUCGGAAAUUCCAAGUAUCAGAAUCGUAGAACCAUGAGCAGCUCUGAUCGAGCCAUGCUGAAUGCCUUCAAAGAAAUCACCACCAUGGCUGACAGGAUCAACCUUCCCAGAAAUAUCAUAGACCGAACAAACAAUUUGUUUAAACAAGUUUAUGAACAGAAGAGCCUGAAAGGCAGAAGUAAUGAUGCAAUAGCUUCAGCUUGCCUUUACAUUGCUUGCAGACAGGAGGGUGUCCCCAGAACAUUUAAAGAAAUCUGUGCUGUGUCACGAAUCUCCAAGAAGGAGAUUGGUCGUUGCUUCAAGCUGAUCCUGAAAGCUUUGGAGACCAGCGUGGACCUCAUUACAACUGGAGACUUCAUGUCUCGUUUCUGCUCCAACUUGGGUUUGCCCAAACAGGUACAAAUGGCGGCCACCUACAUCGCCAGGAAGGCUGUGGAACUGGACUUGGUUCCGGGACGCAGUCCCAUCUCAGUCGCUGCGGCAGCUAUUUACAUGGCCUCUCAAGCAUCUGCUGAGAAGAAAACACAGAAGGAAAUUGGGGACAUUGCAGGAGUGGCAGAUGUAACCAUUCGUCAGUCCUACCGACUCGUCUACCCCCGCGCUGCUGAUCUCUUUCCUCCCGACUUCAAAUUCGACACACCGGUGGAUAAACUGCCUCAGCUGUAAACACCUGUGAUACACACACUGCUCUUUGUACUUUAAGAAUUUUUGCCCUUUUCUCUUUGAAAUUCACAUGGUUUACUCUUCCCUGUGAAGCGAGACAAGCUUUUUGAAAAGACGAUGGCAGGUAUUCAACAAAGUACGGAGGACACAUUCCAAGGUUUAACACAGAUUGCAGGCUGUACUUUCAUUUGUGUAUAUAAACUGUAUAUAUGUCUAAGUGAGAAUUUGAUUGGUGGUUGCAACUAGGCAUAUUUCUUACUGUAAACAUUUUCUUUUCUAGGAAAUGAUUAUUUUGUUAGCUUGUUUGCAUUAUAUUUAGUAAUUUAAAUAAAUGCUUUUCAGAAAAGCACGUCGAACAUCUCGGACACCCCAAAAAUGGUUUACAGAUACUUUGAGCUUUGUGAAAGCAUAAUGCGUGUAGCUCAAUGAAUGAUUUUAUUAUUUCCCCUUCUUAAUGUUACAAGGCUAAAUAAUGUGAAGCAGAGGUUUCUCUUUGUGUUCUUAUUCUUGUACUUACAGCUCAGUUAUUAUAAAAAAAUUCCCGAAACACCACAGAACCUUUUUUGAAGUGACAAUAAAUCAUUUACAACAAUUUGCAAA